CCGGGCCGAGCCGCCGCCGCGGCCAUGGAGCUGCGCCGGGCGGGCCUGGCCUGGGUCGCCGCGCUGCUGCUGGCGGCCCUGGGAGCGCAGGCCGCGGGGGAUUUCGACCCGUACCGCGUCCUGGGGGUCGGCCGGACCUCCAGUCAGGCCGAGAUCAAGAAGGCGUACAAGCGGCUGGCCCGGGAAUGGCACCCUGACAAAAACAAGAACCCAGGAGCAGAGGACAAAUUCAUCCAGAUUAGCAAGGCCUAUGAGAUCCUGUCCAAUGAGGAAAAAAGAGCAAACUUUGAUCGCUAUGGAGAUGCUGGGGAGAGCCAGAGCUUCUCCCAGCACCAGCAUCGCCAGUUCCACCACUUCCAUGAAGGUUUCUAUUUCGAUGAGUCCUUCUUCCAUUUCCCCUUUAACUCGGAGCGACGCGACGCCUCCGACGACAAGUACCUGCUCCAUUUCUCCCACUACAUCAACGAAAUCGUGCCAGACAGCUUCAAGAAACCUUACCUCAUUAAAAUAACCUCAGACUGGUGCUUCAGCUGCAUCCACAUCGAGCCUGUGUGGAAGGAAGUCGCUCAGGAGUUGGAGGUGCUGGGCGUGGGCAUCGGGGUGGUUCACGCUGGCUACGAGAGGCGCCUGGCCCAUCACCUGGGGGCACACAGCACACCCACCCUGCUGGGGCUCAUCAACGGCAGAGUCACCUUCUUCCACAGCGCCGUCCUCCGCGAGAACCUGCGGCGCUUCGUGGAGAGCCUGCUGCCGGGGAACCUCGUGGAGAAGAUUACAGAUAAAAACUACAUCCACUUUCUCUCCAAUGGGAAGAAAGAAAACAAGCCCCACGUCCUCCUGUUUGAUCACAUGCCAGUUGUGCCAUUACUAUACAAGCUGGCCGCCUUCGCCUACCGCGACUACUUGUCCUUCGGUUACGUGUACGUGGGACUCCGUGGCACUGAGGAGUUGUCCAGGCAGUACAACAUCAAUGUCUACACUCCCACCAUGAUGGUCUUCAAGGAGCACAUCGACAGGCCAGCUGAUGUUGUGCAGGCACGAGAGAUGAAGAAGCAGCUCAUUGAUGACUUCCUUUCCCAGAACAAGUUCCUCAUGGUGGCCAGGCUCACCAGCCAGAGGCUGUUCCAGGAGCUGUGUCCCGUCAAGAAGUCUCACCGUCAGCGCAAGCACUGUGUGGUCUUACUUACUGGAGAAGGUGAAAGGUUUUCAGAGGCUUAUGAGGCAUUUCUGACGUUCGCUGUGGCCAACACAAAAGACACCCUGAAGUUUGUGCACAUCUCUAACGAGCAGCAGCCAGAGUUUGCAGACACCUUGCUGAUGGGGGACAAGAAGUAUCAGGGCAGAGCAGCGGUGGUCAUCUUGGAGAGACGCAAUAACGCGGGAAAGAUUGCCUAUAAAACCAUGGAGGAGGCCUGGCAAGGCAGCAGAGAGGACAACUUCAUCCUCCUGGACCUUCUGGACCAGCUGAGGACAGACCCUGGUCUUCUCUCUUCAGAGACAGUCCUGGCAGACUUGAAUGAUGAACUUGCUCCCAUGUUCCUUGUCCGUUGGCUCUACUCCACACUGGACUAUCUCUCAGACUGCUGGGACAGUUUGUUUCACAGUAACUGGCGCGAAAUGAUGCCGCUGCUGUCCUUGCUCUUCUCCGCUCUCUUCAUUCUCUUUGGCACUGUUAUUGUUCAGGCCUUCAGUGACUCCAGCGAUACGAGGGACUCUCCUCCCUCAGAGAAGGAAGAAGCUGCUGCAAAGACUGAGAAGAACGACACGAGCUUCAGCAAAGAGAGUAACAGCAGGAUUCCAAAAAAGGGCUUUGUGGAGGUGACUGAGCUGACAGACAUCAACUACAACAGCAACUUGGUACGCCUGAGGCCAGGUCACAUGAACGUGGUGUUGAUCCUCUCCAACUCAACCAAAACAGCCCUCCUCCAGAAGUUUGCCCUGGAAGUCUACACAUUCACAGGGAGCAGCGCUCUUCAUUUCUCCUUCCUCAGCCUGGACAAGCACCGAGAGUGGCUGGAGUACCUGUUAGAGUUUGCCCAGGACGCAGCCCCCAUCCCAAACCAGUACGACAAGCAUUUCCUGGAGCGCGACUACACGGGCUACGUCCUGGCUCUGAACGGCCACAAGAAAUACUUCUGCCUCUUUAAGCCUCACAGAUCAGGGGAUGAGGGAGGAAGCACAGCAUCCUGUGAGGAGUAUGACACCUCACUACAUGCAGAAGGCAGGGGGAAAUCCUCCUGCAGCCCAGCAUCUCGAUCCAUUAAAAACAAGUUACACAAAUUGUCCUUCUGGAUGGAACGGCUCCUCGAGGGCUCCCUGCAGAGGUUCUACAUCCCCUCGUGGCCUGCACUAGACUGAGGGAUUUUAAAAGAGAUCCUAAUGGACACACUUUUUAUGAAGAUGACAAGGGACAGCUCUUUCCAGCAACACACAGACCGUAGGUUUUAGAUCAACCCUCGUGGGGCUGACGACUAGAGAAAUACCUCCCCGUGUGCGGAGCUGGGGAGCGCGGCCGCAGUCCCCUGCCCCCACUCCUCCUGCCUUUGGACGCUGUACUACUGAAGAGCCAACAAGUCCUUGUGUUUUCCCUUCUCAUCCUGCCCCAUCUGCUUCCCAACUCACUCCUGUUCCACCUGUUUUACCUCAGUUGGAUGAAAAGCCCCCCAUGACGUGUCUCGGCGCCUGGGCCCGGACGGCGCGUGGCUGGUGACGUCGCUGGCGCCGUGGCUGUGUCUCUCUCUUCCCUUUGCCCAUGGUGCAUGGUGUCACACCGGCCAGAACCCCGCCUGCCCUGCCAAAAGGCCUUCUCCCACCAAGCAGUCCUACUUUAUAUUGGCUUUCCCCCCUGGUAAGUGACCUAGAGUAGGGUUGGGAGCUGCUCCCUCUUAGCAAACCCGUCGCUGGGGCCCCCGUGAGGUGCAGCUGCAGGUGAUGUGUGUGUGUCACACUCCUGGUGUCACAGCUCCAGGGGCAGCUUUGCCAGCUCAGCCAUCAGCAGUGGGAAGGGAAGGGGUUUGCACAGCCCUAAGUACUGUAAAGGUGUUGAGCCAUUCACAUGUCACCUGGGAUUUUUCCUUUCAGAUGCCUUUCUGCUUCUGUUGAUUUUAGACGAUGUGUCCUAGAGCCAUAACUUUGUGUCCUCAGAUUGUAGGUGUGAGCUACUAUGAGCCAGUAGAUGUGUAAAAGAAACUCUCCCCAGCUGCUAGGGAGUUGCUGUGGGCUCCUGUCCAACACCCUCACGUCUGUAGUACAAACCCACCUUUCUUUGUAUCAAGGAACCUGACUCUUUAAUGAUUGUAUCGAAGCGUGGCCCCACGAGUCCUGUGUCACCAGGCUGUUGCGUACGUGUGAAGCUCCUUUUGGCUUAGGCAGAGGUUUAAGAUGUGUUUGCAGCCUCUUGCCCAUUUCCCUCGUGCCACAGCCCUCUGUUUCUCAACGUGCAAGGCUUUGUCUUUGUUUGCAGGGGAGGUUCUUUAUCUCUUUUGCACUCUUGGGUCUGUGUGAAGCCAGAAGGGCCAUAAAGCACCAGGUUUGGGUUGGGCUUUGCUCUGACAUCCUCCCCAGAAAGCUUUGUGGGGCAAGGGGAAGGUGAGAGGCAGCCUCACACCUCCUUUCCCCUCCUGGAGCUGAGCAGCAGGGUUUCUAGUUGUGGCUGGGACUGAAAUCCUGUGAGGUUUACUCUUCCUUUGCACUGCUCAGGGCUGGUCCAUGCUGUGCCUCCUGCAGCACCAGGCACAGGCCUCGAGUCCCCCAGUCCCAAGGCACAGGGGGGGCCUUUGCCAAAGGGCUCUGCACCCGAUGGCAGAGUGCUGGGGAUGUUAAAACCUUUGCCACCUUCGUUGCCACCUUAGCAGAGCAGCCAGUGAGGAGGGAUAACUGCUGAUCUCUGUCAAUCUCAUAUGAAAUCCAGGAAUGCUCAAGCCAUUUUCCUGCCUCCAUGACCUGGUUGCUCACCAAACCCUUGGCUUGCUGCACUCCUCCCCGCCCCAGGAGCAGGUUGGCAUGCUUCAACCACCACAGGUACCUCAAACACCCUGUACCAUGUCCUUCCAAAUAAAGGCUACGAUGCUACCAACCCA